GUAAUUUGUUUAUUAAUUAUUGAUAAAUAAAUUUUAAAAAAUACAAUGAAUAGAAAAGUUCAUAAAUUUUCUAGUAAUAUGGAAAUUCUUCCACCAUUGCCACAAAGAUUUACAAUUGAUGAUUGGCAUUUAAACAAUCAAUCAAGAUUAAGAAGCUGUCAAACUCAUUGUAAACUUGUUGAAAGUAUUAUUGAAGAAUCCGAUCGUGUUUGUAAUUCAACAUGUGAGCUAAUAAAAAACAAUAAAUUAACAAGUGAUUAUAAAUUAGAAGAGAAGCUAUCACAUAUAAAAUUUUGUAGAGAAGAAUUAUUACGUACAAGAAAAGAAACUUGUCUUGAAAUUGAUGGAUUAUUAACAUAUAAAACACGUCUCAUUGAUGCACUGUCAUCAAUAAGAAGAAAUGCACUAUUAAUAUGUCAAAAAUGUUUAAUUGCCAGAGAACAUCGUUUAGGUAUUGAUUUAACAAUUGAUGAAGUUGAAAAACAAUUGAGAAUUGAACACAAAGUAAUACAAGGUGUUGAAAGUACUGUUGUUAAAACAUUAGAAAAAUUAAAAGAACAAAUACGUGUAUUAAAAUCAAGUUUAUAUUUUAUUGAUAAAGAUUUAAAUGAUAAAGAUGAUAAUUAUCGUAUUGAUAGACAUAAUAAAUUACUAAAAGAAACAAGUAUGAAUCUUAGUGUCUAUCAUGGUGCAGCUCCACUUGAUCCAUCAACAAUAACAAUUCAAGAAUGGGAACUUCAAAGUCAUGAAAAUAUACUUGAAGCUAUGAAACAAAUUAAUUCUGGUAAAAUAUUACGUAAUUAUAUUGAUACAAUAUUAAAACAAAUUGUUGAUGAUUUAAAUUCACAAGUUGAUAAAACAAAUGAGGCAUUUGAUAAACGUAUUUGUGAAACAAAAGAAAUUAAAUCAACUUUUGAAACACAACAUGCUGAUAUUAUUAAAAAAGUCAAUGAAAUGAGUAAAAAUAUAAAUCGUUUAGAAGUUAUGAUUGCUGAGAAGGAAGGUUUUAUUGCAUUGGCACAUACACGUUUAGGUAAUCGUUGUAAACGUCGUAAUCUUGAAAUGACACGUGACAAUGUUGAAGAACAAUUGGUUAAUGAAGUUGCAAAUAUACGUGAUAAUGUUGAAAAAUUACAACAAACAUUAUGUGAUGCACAAGCAAGUUUACGUUGUAUAUUAAAAAUGCAAAUUCAACUUGAAGAAGAUAUUAAUGUCAAAGUAAAUACAUUAAAAAUUGAUGAAGUUGAAUGUAUGACAAUGCGUCAAAGUCUCAACUUUAAUGCCUAUUAA